AUGCCUUUUUCAGCAACACCAGUUAAACAAGCGGUGGCUGCGAGGAUGGUUGGGGACAAAUAUGCAGUGAUCGAUUCUAGUUUUGAUGGUUAUCAAGAUACAUUAUUCGACCAUUUAGGCAGACAUUACUACAAAAGAUGCGUUAUCUCCGGUGGCAUCGAUUUCAUUUUUGGCUAUGCACAAUCACACUUUGAGGGAUGUACGGUGAAUGUAACGGCGGGAAACUACGAACCGAAGAAAGGGUUCGGAUCGAUAACGGCGCAUGGAAGGAAAUCGCCGGCAGAGAACGGAGGGUUUGUGUUUAAGAGCUGUGCCGUUACAGGAAAAGGCAAUGUGUUGCUGGGACGGCCGUGGGAGCCUUACGCACGUGUCAUCUUUUACGAAUCGAACCUUAGCGAUGUAGUUUUGCCAAUUGGUUGGGAUGCUUGGCACGCAAAAGGCCAAGAGGAGCAUAUAACGUUUGUGGAGUAUAAUUGCACUGGAGCUGGAGCGGACAAGUCACAUAGAGUGCCGUGGCUCAAGAAAGCGAGUCUAGACGACAUUCGUAGCCUCAUCGACAUUUCCUUUAUUAACCAAGAUGGUUGGAUUGAUAAGCUCCCCAUCAAACUCUAG